AAAAUGUUUUCUAUAUUAUUAUUUAUUUUACUAUUAUUAUUCUUCAAUGUUAAAUCAGAAAAAUGUGCUUGGGAUAAUUGUCCAGAAUGGUCAGACUCGCUAAAUAUAAUUAAUGUUCAUCUUGUUCCACAUUCUCACGAUGAUAUGGGGUGGAUUAAAACAGUUGAUGAUUAUUAUACGGGAGCUCGUCCUAGACUUGUACCUGUUGGUGUUCAAUAUAUUUUAAAUACAGUUAUUGAUGAAUUGCUUAAAAAUCCCUCUAGGCGUUUUUGCUAUGCAGAGGCUGGAUUUCUCCAUCGAUGGCUUUUAGAUCAUAAUAAUGAACAAAAAGAAAAAUUAAGGCAUUUAAUUGUGGAAAGUGGACAAAUGGAAAUAAUUGGUGGAGGUUGGACACAACCUGAUGAGGCAACAACUCAUUAUAUAGAUAUUAUUUCCCAAUAUUCUACUGGUUUGGCACUUUUAAAUUCAACUUAUGGAAAUUGUGGUAGACCAAGGGUUGCUUGGCAAAUUGAUCCUUUUGGGCAUUCAAGAGAACAUUCAAAUAUUGCAAAAUUGUUGGGAAAUAAAGCUUUGUUUUUUGCUAGAACACAUUAUAAGGAAUUGAAAUAUAGAGCUGAUAAUAAACAAUUAGAAUUUAGAUGGAAAGUUACUUCUGAUGAGGAAGAAGAAAUUAAUUCAGAUAAUUCAAUUUUAACUGGCGCCUUCCUCCGCGGCACUUAUGCCCCUCCUAAUAAAUUUUGUUUUGAUUCUUUAUGUGAUGAUGAACCUAUAGUUGAUAAUAAACAAUUUGAAGGUUAUAAUGUUGAUAAAAGAUUGGAAGAAUUUUUUAAAUAUAUUAAUGAUUCUGUUAAUACACAAUUACAUAAACAUUAUUCAAAUGCCAAUCAAUGGUUUACUCAACUUGAUAAACUUAUUUCGGCAAUUAAUUCUCGAACAAAUAAAACUGGAAUUUAUGCUUUUUAUUCAACGCCUGGUUGUUAUGCUAAAGCUUUGGAAUUAGUUGAAUCUAAUUUAUUAACAAAAAGUUUUCCUUCAAAAAUUAAUGGAGAUUUCUUUCCUUAUGCAAGUUCUAAUCAUUCUUAUUGGACUGGUUAUUUUACUUCAAAGCCUGCAUUUAAAUGUCUUGUUCGUUUCUCAUCGGCAUUACUUCAAUUAUCACAAAAAUUAGCUUCUUUUUCCAAAAUAUUAUCAAAACCCUUUUAUUGCCCUUCUAAUGAAUGUGAACCCUCAUUUCCCUUAUUACUAAAAUUGGAAGGGGCUUUAGCUUUAUCUACACAUCAUGAUGCUGUUACUGGAACUAGUAAACAUAAUGUUACAAUGGAUUAUAUUAAACGAUUAUUAUCUGGUUGGGAUCAAGCUGAAAAAGUAAUUAAUAAUUCUUUUUGGCAAAUUUCUUCACUUUCAACACAUCAACAGGAUAUACCUUCCCUUAUAUUUUGCCGGAAAUUAAAUCAAAGUAUUUGUAAUAUUCCUCUUGAUCAACAACAUAUAGCAAUUAUAUUAUUUAAUGGAGGUGUUAGACAAAUUGAAAAAAUUAUUAAAAUUCCUUUGAAUAUUAAACCUGAACAAAUUAAAAUAAUUAAUUCUGAUGGAAAAGAAAUAAAUAUUGAAAUAAUUAAAACAUUUUUGGGAGGAAAUGAACAAAUAAUAAAUAAUUCUGAAUCAAUUUCUCCUUAUGAAUUACUUUUUGAGGCACAAAUUCCCCCUCUUGGAUUUUCAACUUAUUUUAUGUUAAUAAAUACAAAUUUAAAAAUAAAUAAUGAAGAAAUUUUAAAUAAAAAAGAAAUUAAAAAACGUCAAAAGAAAAGUGAAAAUAUAAAAAAUAAUGUGGAAAUUGAAAAUAAUUUCUUUUCUCUAUCAUUUAACAAUGGUGGACUAUUAAAUGAAGUAAAAGAUAUUCGCCGUUCUAAUAAAACAUUUAAAUUAAAUCAGCAAUUCUUUUAUUAUAAAGGAAUGGGAAAUAAAGAUUUACAUGGACAUUAUCAACAGGCUUCAGGCGCUUAUAUUUUCCGUCCAAAUGGAAGCGAGCCCCAACCAUUUGAAGGACCUAUCCAAAAUAUUCAAGUUAUUAAGAAUUUAUUAGUACAAGAAGUUAGACAAACAAUAAAUCCUUGGAUUAGCCAAAUAAUUCGUUUAUUUCCAAAUAAGCCAUUUAUUGAAUUUCAAUGGAAAAUUGGCCCUCUACCGAAAAAUAAAACAUUGCUUGAGUCAAUAGAAGUAAUUACUAAAUAUACAAUUGAAGGAUUUAAAUCGUCUCAAGUUUUUUGGACUGAUGCAAAUGGUCGCCAAAUUAUUAAACGUAAGCGUAAUGACCCUGAACGAUUUUACGAAGGCUCAGAACCAGCAGCUGGAAAUUAUUUCCCAGUUAAUUCUCGUAUUUGGAUAGAGGAUAGUUCUGAUCGUAUGACAAUUCUUACCGAUCGUUCCCAAGGCGGAUCAUCUUUAAAUGAUGGACAGAUUGAAUUAAUGCUUCAUCGUCGAUGCUUUUUUGACGAUGCUUGGGGUGUUGAAGAGGCUUUGGAUGAGCCUGGAGAGGAUGGAAGAGGAUUAAUUGUACAGGGAAAACAUUGGCUUUUACUUAAUGAAAAAAAUGUUGAAGAACAUAGACCUUUAGCUUUUGAUAUUUUUGAGGAAAAUGCUCCACAAACAAUUGCAUUUAUUCCUUUAGAUAAUUUGAUAAAAGGAAAUAUAAGCCGUUAUAGAGAACUUUACAGAACUGAGUUUUCUGGUAUUUCACCAAAUUCAUUACCUCCAACUAUAAAUAUAUUAACAUUAACACCAAUUGGUAAUAAAACAAAUGAAUUAUUAAUUCGUCUAGAACAUUUUUACCAAAAAAAUGAAUUAAAAGCAACAAAUAUAUCUUCGAAUAUUGUGGAACAUAUUGACCUUAAGGUAAAUAUAUUUAUUGAUAAUAAUGAUUGGAGGGGGAGAGGGGAUAUAAUGAUAACCUGGGUAAUUGUUGUUUAA